UGUGGUUCUGAUGGUGAAUUCUAUGAAAACCACUGCGAAGAACACCGAGCUGCCUGCCUGAAAAAGCAGAAGAUUACUAUUGUCCACAAUGAAGACUGCUUCUUCAAAGGGGACAACUGCAAUUCCAUUGAUUACAAGAAGAUGAAAAAUUUCCUGCUGGAUCUACAGAACAGAAAAUAUACUCUACAAACAAAAGAAAGCAUUACUGAAGAUAAAAUCGCUUUGAAGAAAUUAUUGGUGGAUCAGAUGUUUAAAUAUUAUGAUUCAGACAACAAUGGACUUGUAGAUAGUAAUGAACUAACGCAGGUAAUAAAACAAGAUGAACUUGGCAAGGAUAUGUCUGACUGCUCUCUUUUUGAUCUGUUGAAAUAUGAUGAUUAUAAUAGUGACAAGCAUCUUGGCCUGGAAGAAUUCUAUAGAGCAUUCCAAGUAAUACAACUGAGCCUGCCAGAAGAUCAGAAAGUAAGCAUUACGGCUGCGAUAGUUGGACAAAGUGCAGUUCUAAGUUGUGCCAUUCAGGGCACCUUGAGACCUCCAAUCAUCUGGAAGCGGAACAAUGUCGCUCUGAAGAGUUUAGAUUUAGAAGACAUCAAUGAUUUUGGAGAUGAUGGGUCGCUAUAUAUUACUAAGAUUACUACAACUCACAUGGGAAAUUAUAGCUGCUAUGCAGACGGCUAUGAUCAAAUCUAUCAGACUCAUAUUCUUCAAGUGAAUGUUCCACCCGUCAUAAGAGUCUUUCCUGAAAGUCAAGCUAGGGAGCCAGGAGUGACAGCUACUCUUCGAUGUCAUGCUGAGGGUAUUCCGAAUCCAGUGCUUGGUUGGUUGAAGAAUGGAAUUGAUAUAACUCCAAAGUUAUCCAAACAGCUAACUCUUCAAGCAAAUGGCAGUGAAGUCCACAUUAGCAAUGUACGUUAUGAAGAUACCGGAGCAUACACUUGUAUUGCAAAGAAUGAAGCAGGAGUUGAUGAAGAUAUUUCUUCCCUUUUUGUAGAAGAUUCUGCACGGAAAACCCUUGCUAACAUAUUAUGGAGAGAGGAAGGUCUGGGAAUUGGUAAUAUGUUCUAUGUGUUUUAUGAAGAUGGAAUCAAAGUGAUACAACCAGUAGAGUGUGAAUUCCAGAGACACAUUAAGCCUAAUGAAAAGCUCCUUGGAUUUCAGGAUGAAGUCUGUCCAAAAACUGGUGGGGAUGAAGUCCAAAGAUGCAUCUGGGCAUCAGCUGCUAAUGUCAAGGAUAAAUUCAUAUAUGUAACUCAACCAACUUUGGACAGAGUGCUAAUUGUUGAUGUACAAUCUCAAAAAGUUGUGCAGGUAAAACAGGAGUUUAAAAUAAAGAACAUUAAAUUUGCUUUUGUCAUGCCUAUUAGGAUCUGGAAUUGUACUUACAGAUCAGGUUUUAAUUCCAGCAGCCAACUAUGA